GUUAAUGAUUAUUGUGAUGAUUUAUCUCGGUGAGUUUGGUCCCGCAUUUUUGUGAAUUUUGUGCUGAGUCAACAUAUGCAAGUGCUUUGCGCACGCGUACAGAUGCAUAACGCGAAGGAGCUAACGAACUCGACGUACCGCCUUUGUGCUGUCAGAACAGCGAGUGCCUUCCGGACGACGCAGCGCUCGUCAUUGCAGGCCAAGUUCCCCUAUGUGAACUGGUGCGGGAGCCACAGAACCAAGACCGAGGUGAAGAGGAGUGCCAGGAUGCAGAGCGUCGACAACUGGCAGGCAGCCUGGGACAACUCCAGCAAGGGACGCUGGACGCUGGACGCAAGGGUAAAUAGGAAGCACGGCCAGGUAGAUUUCUACCUCACGCAGGCGCUGAGUGGACAUGGUUGCUUCCGAAGCUUCCUUAAGCGCUUCGGACACGACACGGAGAACGGUUGUCCAGAAUCCGGCAGUGGGAUUGUUGAGGACGAUCAGCAUGUCCCAUUUUAAUGUCACCGCUUCGGGUCUGAUCGCCAAAUGCUGAUGAAGACCACCGGGGCAAGGGUUCGGCCAGCGACGGCAGCCUACGCAGCGAGUGUACUGCGAACGCUGCGUCGCAUCGAGAAUGAGAGGAGAGAAGCUACAGCCUAGGUGGCUACCAUUGCGCUAAGCAAUACCUUGCGGUGAUACCGCGCAAUCACGGCCCCUACUCUUGUUGCUUGUACUUA